AUGCGCACAUCAGUUCUGGUAGCUGCCUCCGCAGGCACUAUCCUCACCGGCUUGCUCGCUUAUGCGGCCUACUUCGACCACAAGCGUCAGACCAACCCCGAAUUCCGCAAGUCCCUCAAGCGCAACAACAAACGCCUCGCCAAGGCCGUGAAGGAAGAGGUCGAAGCCCAGGGUGCUCAGCAGCGCGAAGUGAUCAAGCAGGUCGUGCAGGGUGCCAAGGAGGAGGGUUUCCCCACUGAUUUGGAAGAGAAGGAGUCCUACUUCAUGAACCAAGUCGCCAAGGGUGAAGGUUUAUGCCAAGAAGGCACAAGCCAAAUCGAGGCUGCUCUUGCCUUCUACAAGGCCCUCAAGGUGUACCCCCAGCCCAAGGACCUGAUCUCCAUCUACGAUAAGACCGUUCCCAAGGAGGUUUUGGAGAUUCUCGCAGAGAUGGUGGCUAUGGACCCUGGUCUUCAGCUGGGUAGCUUCACUGGUGAACCUGCUGGAGCUGGUGCCGAUAACCACGGCGUUGAAUAA